AUGGGAGAAAUCGAGAACAAGAUCAUUCCCGCCCCUGGAGAUCUGCCCAACGUCAAAAGAGAUGCCCAGCGCGUGUUCGAGGUCCUCGAAUCAGGUGGAGUGGUCAUUCUCCCAACCGAAGUGGGUUACGGAUUGAUGGCUACAUCUGCAGAAGCCAUUGACCGGGCCUUUGUGGCCAAGCGACGUCGACCAGGUCAUGCCCAGGGUCUAUACGGUACACACGAGCUGCAUCAGCAACUCCAUGUCUUGGACGAUCAACGAUUCGAAAUGACACGCGUUCUCGUCGAAGAUCUAGACAUGAGCCUAAUGGCUGUUGCGCCGUGUCAGCAAGAUCAUCCUCUCCUCCAGGCUUUAUCCCCACAGACUCUCUCUAAAGUCACAAAGGAUGGAACGAUUGCUAUGUUCAUCAGUGGAAGUUCUCUUUUGAGGGAGGUCUGCCGGCUGAAUGCGACUUCAGGGCAGCUCAUGGUAGGAUCAAGUGCAAAUGUGUCAGGUGGUGGACAGAAAUUCCGUGUGGAGGAUAUUGAGGAUGAACUCAAAGAGGCAGCGGAUUUGAUUGUCGAUUAUGGUCUCCAGCGGUAUCAUGUAUAUGGACGGGCUUCUCUGAUUAUGGACUUUGGGCAGAUGAAGAUUCUACGAAUGGGCUCGUGUUAUGAACUGUUCCGCGAGCGCAUGCGCAAGUUCUGGGGGGUGGAGCUGCCGGAGGACCCUGUUUAUAGCACUGCUCAGGCCUUGACCUGA